CAAGUUGAUUGGGGACCGCCGUAUUUUCAUAUUCGCAAAACAAAAUUUAUAAAACAAAUGCUUUCAUUUCUUCCUAAACAGUUUACAAUUGAUUAAUUACCGUAAUGGAUAAAUUGUAGAGUAUUGUAACCGUUUCUGUGGUCAGAACCUGACGUAAUUAGGCCGUGACACCACCGUUUAUUAUUAUCAUGCAGUUUUCUUUCGAGUAAAUUAAUCCGCUUGUAUAAGGUUGAAAAUCAUCCUGUAGGCGCGAGGAACUUUCAAAAUUGCUUAGUAACUUCCGUGCUGAUGAGAUCGCUAGUAGCUGGAGCGAGGCGGGGGUGUUAGCGGGCGUAAUAAGGCGGGAGCGGCAGUGGAGUAUUGGAGUAUCUAUAGUAAGCGUUUGCCGCAAUGAACGACCCGUGGGAUGUGAAGGCAGUCCGGCAGGGCGAUCAGUACCAGUCCUGCAUGAAGUUAAAUGGGGUUCCUCUGUUGCCGCCAGUGCUCUCAAAGGAAUGUCGUAAAGAGAUGCAGUACUAUAAGCUCCUUGCGAAAGAGGUGGAGAAAAGAAUCUCGAUACUGAAGCCAUACGUUGAGCAAGACAUAGACUCUAGUGAAGAGAAAACUGAUGCACCCGAACUACCGGAGUGUGAACAGAAUGAGCCUGAAAGACCUAUAGAGGAAAUAGAAACCGAAUUUGGUAUCAUCAUAAAUAAAGCAUCAACUGGCUCUGAAGAUAUAAGUGAAACUUCCGAAUUGUUUUCUCCCCUCAAUGAUAAAUAUCAUUACAAAAUUUCUCAUAUUGAAGCCUCAAAGUUAGUUAUAGACCUAGACUUACCUGUUGAAGAAAGAGAGAAAGAACUGUACAACACCCUUCCAAAAACUCCACACCACACACUUGAAACAGAUGAGUUACCUGAACGAGACUGCAACAACACUUACGUACAAAAAGAACUGCUAACUGAAUUUGAAACUUGUCGAAAAGAUACUAAGCAAAAAGACACAAGUGAGGACAUUUCACGUUUAGAAUUUUCUCUACCUUUAGACAGUGAGUUCAUAGCCCUGCAUCAUGAUGGACCAUCAUCUUUAAGUACCAAAAGCUUCACUGGGUCUCUUCACGACUUACACAGUGACAGUGCAAAAGAAAGUGAAGUUCCACCAUUAAUACGCCAAAGAUCUUAUACAGUGCUUAAACCUAGUCCUCAACUUCUAGCACACUUAGAAGUACAAUCAGCAAACACUGGAAUAGAUGUGCAUUCCAUAUCCAUGAGUGAAUCUAAGUCCAAUGUUAGCAUGCAUAAUAAAAAACGACGAAGUUGGGACUUGGAGACAGCCAAAGUUAAAUGGUCAUCAAUGGCUCUAGAACUCAAGAAAUCUACAGCUAAUGGCGCGUCUAGUAAUCACAGUAACAAAAAUAUUUCAAAAAAGGCACCUCAAAUUACGCCGACAACUACGUCGUUGAAAUCCCAAAAUCAAGAAAAAGCUAGAAAAGCUAAUUUAAACCAACGAGCACCUAAAUCUGACCCUGUUCAGAGAGCCAAAAAGAUACAAAGUCCAGUAAGACAUUCUUCAGAAAAGACUACAAUCAAAGACAACGGGAAACAGCCUACCAGUAAAACUGCUAUGAAAAAUUCCCCUACAAAAUCUUCAGCAUCAAACAAAGAAGAUAAAUUAGUCAAAGAGUCAACAACAACAUUAAUUUCAGGUUCGGAUGAUCCUGCUGGUAAAGUGAGAGAACUAUAUGAAAAAUUACAAAAGCAGCAAAUGUUGCAAAUGACCAGUUUGAUUGACAAACAGAAACGAGAACAGCAACUUUUACAACAAGUUUUUGAGGAGCAAAACAAUAUACUAUUGAAACAGUUAAAAACUGUAUGUCCAAAAACUGCAAUAGAAGCUAAACAGGCAUGGGGAGAUCUCAAGGAAGACUCAAACAGAGGGCCCGUCAGUCUGAGCCAACUGAUCAACAAUAAAACACCAGAACAAAGUGCACCUCAAAGCCCCGUGUCGAAAACAUUAACUGAAACCAACAACUACAUCAACAAAUGUGACAAUGUUUUGAAGAAAAGUAGAGAUAUAACCAACAAUAUAAAGACGCCACCGUCGAAAACGCGAACUGCUACUGCAGCCAAUCGCAGCCAAAAGAAAACAUUAGAAACACUGCAAUCUCCUCAAAAAGAAGUGAAUAGAACUAGGCCUGGCUCUCCUAACUUCAGGAAUUCAUCUAGAAGGUUGAAUUACGAAACGAGUGCGUCUUCAGAUUACGAGGCGAGUGGUGUGGGUCGUGAUUACGAACCGAUCUCCACAGACCGAACGAACGACACGAUGGCAGAUCUGAACGUGACAUUCCCAUCGGAUAGCAGCGACGAGUGCCUGUCGCUCAUGCAGGCUAACAGAGCGGCUGCCGAGCGCAGGAAAGCUGCUGGGAGACCAAACAGUCCUAUACGGAUGAAAAUCAACUUGGACGGCACUCGACCGGCCAAUGUCACCCUAAAGAACCUCGAGGAGUCCAUUCAUAGCUCCAUGAACUCCAUAUGCAGUCGUCCGCAGAAAACUGGCGCCAUUUGCCGAACAACUACUUCCGAGGAGCGGGUGGCUGCGUCGAAAAUUGUGGCUUACGCAAAGGGGUACCUCGUUCGGCGGUUGAUGCGCACGGAGCGAGUGCAGGGAACCGUGCAGACUAUCAGAGACGCCCUUAUGUGCGCCUUGCAGCUGCACCAAGACCGCGCGGGCAUCCGGGGCGCCGAUGUGGACCUCCACAGGAGACUCAUCCAACAGAUCACGGCAGCAUGCUACUCGCUACACGAUACGUUUAUCGCGAGUUCGCCGGCGGAGCGUUGCGCGCUGAUAGCAGCGGAUAGGAACCGGCGACAGGCGUUGGCGGCGCGUUUGCCCACCCCGAGAAGCACGCGGCGCACGGACAUUAUGUCGCAAAGCCACAGCGGCGUGUUUCCCACGCGUGGGCCUAGUGGGCAUCGUCCAUCCGCCACGCUCAUGACUCAGUCCACAUACGAGACUUUUAGCAGUGACAAGAGCCGAUCUCGCUACAUGCCAAGCCCGCGGCGGCAGCCCUGGCGCUGACCUACCACAAGCGCCGCCUGCUUCCCGCGCCUCUUCGCGCGAUGUUGGUACUCCCCAACCUAGCAGGCCUACCAACCUAACGCUACGAACUUUAACUUGCCAGUAAAACUUGUAAUGUCGAUCUUAUUAUGUUAAUUUAUUAAUUAAGUUGUUAGGAAUCCUACUGGAACAAAAAAAUAAUAAAAGACGUUAUAACGCAACGUAAUUAAUGUGAAGUUAUGUUUUAUUUUGAGGGUAGAAACGCCGAAUUGGAAUGGAAAAUGGCGGUGGGAUUUUUGAUACUAAUUGAAUUGAACAUCAAAUGUUGCGUUGUCACAUUGAGUGACUUUCCAAUCGACGUUCCCCGAACACACGAUAGAUGGCGUUGUUCACUUUUAACGUGAUAAUUACCUAUUUUCUCAUUGCUGGGGUACAUAAUUAUUCAAAAAUGUAAUGGCAGAAGCAUAUAAAAAACUAAUUAAUACUUGAUAUUUGAAUCACAUAAUAGAAUGGUGUUGCUACCUAUAUUGCUUCUCUUUCCCAUUUAUUUUGAUCAGAGUGGAAGUUGUAAUUGUAUCUUGGUGUAAUAAAAAGGGUCAUCAUUUAUACCCAAACAAAGAUAAAAGAUGCAUGUCCUGUUAUCCAUGAAAUUAGAAGUUUGAUAAGAUAAAUCUUAUUAACAACGCCAUCCAUCGUGUUGUUGGGGGACGUUAUCAAAGUGAAUGGUGCUAAAGCUACGAAGAAAUGAAGGUAUGUUAUUUUGCAUUUGUAGCAUUUAAAACAAGUUAUGGUUGUAAACAUAUUCCAAAAUAUAGCUUACAAAGUGCCUAGCGUAGCGGAAAUGAUAGUAUAGAUAGGUUAGUAUUGAUUAGAUGAUGACUAUUUAGUAGAGAAUGUUCAAACAAGAAAAUAUUUUGGCUGUGUGGAUUAAAACAAACUUGUCAGCACCUCAUAGCACUUUUCUAUGUUUCUAUCCUUUUCUGUUAUUCAGAACCGUCAUUUGUUCGAGCGAGAGGGAAUCGUCUACAAUUUUUAAGAAACCGAAAGCGGGUACGCGUUACUCUGUAAUAAUUUCAAUGAUAUUACAUGUGUACAAGAAUAUUUGUCUUUGAAAUCAUAAAACAUUUUUACGCAACAAUUCUAUGAUUUUUUCGUGUUAAUCCAAGAACUGCGCUGCCACUGCGCAGGCCAGCUGUAGUGCCUUUUUGGUGUGUCAAAGCCUAAUUGUGGCAAAUUCCUCUUUUACACUACCCCAUUUAAUGGGCUAGAAGACUGGGAAGGGUAAAUUAUAAAAUGGCGUCGGCUUAAUGGCGAUUUAUAGAUCGAAGAAUUUUGCAUGGACAGGAGAAGGACCCGCUGGCGCAAUGGUUAACUAACACUCUCGUCCCAGCUUGAGAAGAGCUGCGGGUUCAAGUUUUGUCCGAGUCAGAAAUAUUUUCGAUUUAAUUUUCUCUUUGUAAAAUACUAAUCUAGAAAUUGAAGCCUAACAUUUUUAAAAAUCAAUGUGAUUUUUCUUUUUUGACAGGAUUACGAAUUUUAAUUAUUCAAUCUGUAAGUACUAACUAAGUAUAGGUAAUUUUUACAACAACAGAAGAAUAUUCUCUACUAACUAGUGAAGGUAAAAAUUAGCAAUAACUUGGUCACAGUAAUAAAUAUGCAGCUUUAAAAGUGAAAGACAAGUAAUAAUAAGAAAAUAUUGUUAUAGUGAACAGUCCAUACAAAACUAAUCACAAAUGUAUUUUAUAAAAAUCAGUAUCUGUCAAGAAGGCAGAAAUAAUUAUGUUUAUAAUGUAAAUGAUUACUAAAUUGAGAAUGAAUAUGCAUAAACAAGUAAUUUUUAAAGCCUUUUUUAGUGUAAUCUUAUUCGUCAAACUAUUUGAAUUUUAAAUUCCUCUUGUAAUAAUUAGCCUUAUAAAACUUAUUGCACUGAUAAUUGCCUAUAAUUUAUAUUUUAGAUGUGUAUUAUUGUCAUUAGUAUUCUAGAUUUACACUCGUAUUCUAAGAUGUCAACUCCAUUUUCCUCGAACUCACCUCAAAAUCGGUGUUCCUAGACGACUUGUGGUACCUGUACUUUUUUAAUAAAGCACAUCUGCAAACACGCAGCGGACGGCCAAUCAGAGCGCCCGCCCGCCUACUUGAUGUUUGUUUGGUUGGCACUAACUACCUUUUCCGAUGUCGCCAUGUUUUCUUUUCUGUUCUUAUGCGUACUUUGUGUCCACCGGGUUGUUUUUAUUUUUAAUAUUGUUAAAUCUAGUUCUAAAACUUGUCUAAAACCUAUUGGAAGUAAACAGUGAUUAUAAAAUCUUAACGACUAACACGUUCAACCUAAAGCCUCAACCUUAUCUCUAGUUUGCUCCAGUAAGGCAUAACGUCAUUCAUUUCGUAUUAUUUUGUCGGUUGUAUAUAUAAGUCGAGGACGGAAAUAUCCACUUAUGAUACUAAGUGGAUCGCUUAGGCGUAGACCAGUGGGAGAAGAGUGGAGUGAAUAUCUUAGAAUACGAAUGUUAGUUUUUACCUUAGAAUGGCUAGCAGCACCCUAUAUCUAAAUAGUAUUGGCGAAAUUGUAUCUGCUAACAUUUCUAGUCACAAAAUUCAUAGAUCUCUGUAAACUAUGUGCGUUUUAAUUUUCUUAUUGUAUUUUCAAUAUGAAUAUUGAAUUGGCGAAAUCUAGUUUACAUUUUGAGUUUGUGUGCUCACUCGAGUUUUGGGGAAAAAUGGGUACAUUUUAUUUAUAAUAUAGAAUCUCCUCUUAUGGUAACACUUCAUGGAUCAAAAACAAUGCCAAAUAUUUUGAUAAUCCCAAUUUACGCUUACAUUAAUAUAUAAGCUACUUUCUAAAACUUUUUCGGCUUUUAAUUAUCUACAGGUCUCCAAAGACGCAGUUAUACUGAAGUGAGAUUAUUUCGUAAUAUUUUUGUGCUAAGUACAUUUUAUUCAAUAAAACAUUGGAAAACA